AUGCUUGCUCCUAACAAACAGUUGAGUCUUGGUCGCUCCCACAGUUGGGACACGUCAGGGGGGAAUGAGGGUCAGUGGGACAGGUCUGAGAGUGUCUACGAGCAGCAGGCAAGACUAGCCGGCCGGCGGAGCUCCCUGUCAUACGGAGAGGGAGGCGCGUGGCACGCACCUCCGCAGGGAGCGCGUCCCCCCGACCUGGAUUUGAAACGCGAGCCGUGCUCCUACCAAGACGCUCUGUACAGGCCGCUCUACGCGGAGCGACAGGACCCGCGGGGGCCGAGGAAGGGCUCCGCGCCUGAUCUGAACCACUACGAAGGAGCGCCCAUGGCUCACCGGGGAUCCAUUUCGCAUCAGGAUUACUAUCCGCACGACCCGGCCAUGACCCCCCGGCCACCCGAGGGCUUCUACCGGCCCGAGCACCAGCCCCCGGCGCCUCAACCCCACCCGCUCAGUAGGUCGGGCUCUCAUUUCGCGAUGGCCCCCGGGGCUCAUGGUGUGUGGGAACAAGGUCAAGGAGGAAGAGCGGGACCCCAAGUCCCCGGAUCGCCUCUGCCUCUUCCCCCUCCUCCUCCGACCGCCCAUGAGUUGAGCAGGGGCAAAAUGGCGUCAGAGGGCCAACAGCGUGUGCCCUCUCGGGGGCCAUCUCCUGCACACUAUGGUAUGGAGCAUGCAUCCCCCCGGUACGCCAGUGAGCCCCCACCUAUGACCGGUCAGUCGGUCUAUACUGACGUUAACGGUCGCCCGUUGGAUCCCCAGCAGCAGGGGGCUACCUGUCUCGUAGUAGAUCCUUCCACUCAAGCGAGUAUGAUCAUGAGGCAGGAGACCGCCUCACCGUACACCAUCCAACAACAGCAGCAAUUACAGCAGCAACAACUACAACAGCAGCAACUUCAGCAGCAACAGAUCCAACAGCAGCAGUUACAGCAGCAGCAGCUUCAGCAGCAACAGCUUCAGCAGCAACAGGUGCAACAGCACCAGCUUCAACAGCAGCAGCUACAGCAACAGCAACUGCAGCAAGAGCAGCUGCAGCAGCAUCUGCAACAGCAGGGGCCCCUUCCACCUCCACCUGCGAUGCCUUGCUCUGACCCUAACCUCUCUAUGAUGGCCCCGCUAGCUGCGCCACCUGCCACAGUGCAGACCGCCGCGCUCGCUCCGGUCGCCCCUGCCCUGGUGCAGGCGGCUUUAAGUUCCCUCCCUCCCGCGCCGGUCGCCCCGCUCACUGCUCCCCUUCCCCCGGCUGCCCCGCAGACGCUUUUGCCCUUGGACCCCAAGAAGUCGGUCGACCACGAGUUCCUCGCCCUGCUGCGGAACGAGGGCCUCUCCGAGAGCACCAUCUCCUCGGUCAUCCAGCAGGGAUUCGACUCCACCGGCAUGCUGGCUGUCAUGGAGGAGAACGAUGUCCGCACCGUCGCCGCCAACCUCGGCCAGGCUCGCGUCCUUUCUCGCCUGGUCCACAACUGCAAGCGGUCCGCUGACGCUCUGCCAGCCCCCUCCCAACCGCAGACACCCAUGAGAGGCCGCUCCAAUAGCUUCAGCCAUCGCUCAGACAUCUACCAGCAGCAGCAGCACCAUCAUCAUCCAACGCAUCCCUCGCAGGCUUUGACCGUGGAUGCCCAAAUGAUGCACCCGCAGACCCCCGGGGGCAUGCAGACCAUCUCCCCGAGGAUGGUAGAUUUCAUGGGCAGGAGGCCCAACAGCGCCCCCUCUCAGCACCUCAUGGAAGCCUCCGGAGGCUACCCGGGCCAACCACCCCGCUCCCCGGGGGCAUACGCUGGAGCACUUAUGCCUGUUCAAUCGAGACCCAUGUCGGCCUAUUCUGCUGGGGCAACAAUGUCAGGGAUGCCCAUGCAUGGCAUGCAGAUGAUGCCGCAGCAAAUGACCGGGUCAAUGCCUGCCAUACAGGGGUCCAUGCACGCCAUGUCAGGGAUGCCACAGCAGAUGCCUGUGUCCAUGCCAGCUUUAACACAGCCACCACAACAGGUGCCCAAAGCGUACUCCACCAAUUACACGGUGCCAAUGGAGCUGAUGAAGAGGGACAGGAACAUAAUGCCGCUGUCCCCCAUGCACAGCCCUCACCCGAGUCCUCAGCUGAUGCGUAAGGGUGGGGGACCUGCACAGGAGAAUGCCCUCGUCCUUAUGGGGCCACCAGGCCAAAGCUCCAUGGCUGCUAACCAGAAACAAAGUCGACGCACGGGUCCACCAGUCAUCGUGUCCACUAUGGCUUCACCAGAUACAAGUAUUCGGCCCCAGAUUAUGAAUGGCCCAAUGCACCCACGCCCCCUGGUGGCGCUGUUGGACGGGCGCGACUGCACUGUGGAGAUGCCCAUCCUCAAAGAUCUGGCCACCGUGGCCUUCUGUGACGCCCAGUCCACACAGGAGAUCCAUGAAAAGGUACACGUUGUCAUCUCGAGCUUUUUAGGAAAGUUAAUUCUAGCAGCCUUUUUCCCUUUUAAAUAGUUGGUGAUUAUUUUUCUUCAAACAAUGUGGAAGGCGUAGUCAAUGAGUCGAGAGUGGAUACCUUAAUCUGUUUCACUAAAAUAAGAAGAGAGGAGAAAAAAGAGAAUUAACAGAAUGUGUCGGGAAAAUAUGUUUAAAUCAAAAGGCAUGAAAUAAUUAUAUUUAAUUAUAUUUAUUCUAAUUCAUCAAUUAAGUGUCAAUGUGAUUAAAGCCCAGAGAUACGCAAUCAAGGUUUCAGUUAUUAAUUACAUAAAACCAGCAUAUAAUGUGGCAUAGAUGUGUCUUCUGCAGAUUUUGACUUUACAACUGUCUUUAAUUGUCAGGAAAUUUAAGGAAACGAGGCGUUGUUUGAAUGUUUAAUUUACGGCGCAUCUUUGGAAAUAGUGUGACUGUAGGUUGACAGACACAGACACGCACUGCUGUGUGGACAUCAUUUGAACUUGAAUAAUUUGUCUUCAGUCGAAGAGCCGAAGAAUCGUCUCUUUCCCUUCUUCCGCUUUUCCUCCUCUGUAAUGUUUUAAUAAUAAUUUGGCCCACUGGCUUGUUCCACUCUCCCAGUUCAGCUAUAAUGGUUUCAUCAUUGACUAAUCCCACUAGGUGCUGAAGUGCUGCUUUGUUAAAUAAGGAGGAGGAGGAGGAGGAGGCUGCUAAUAGAAAUGCAGUAUAAUUGUUCUGAGGCAGAGUGGGUGAAACAUUUGUCUUAUUUUACUGCACAUUACUGCCGUCGGUCUGAAGCUGGAGGGUCUGUCUCUUUACGCUGGAGGCUACGCAGGCUUCCCCUUUACGUCCAAUUCGUUUUUGUUUUUUUAAACGUAUAUAUUCUUUUCUUGAAUUCCCCCGUAAUUUAAUUCCACACACAUACACACACA